CGCCACGCCCGCUGCAGGCCGAGGGCCAGUCACCCGCGGGCCGGUGCCCCGCAGCCCCCCUCCGCCGCCCCGCCCGUUCCCCAGCCGCGGGACCGGUAACGGUUACGAAGCACUUUUUCAGCUGCGUUUUCUGCUUAGUCAUUGCCUUCCAGGAAACAGCUACCUCAAUUUGGAGCCAAGUCUUCUGUGGAGGCGGCCGCAGUCCCAGGAGCUGCAGCCACCAGCGCCUCCUUCACGGACCCCGCCGGCCUCCCUCGGUCCGGGGUGCAGGCCCUGAUCCUGCCGCGCGGGGCCAGCAGCCUCGCGCUCCGCACGCCGCCUCACACACCGCGUCUUGCGGGGCGGCCCCCAUCCUCGCCCGCCCUCCCGCGACUCCGUCGCCGCUUCGCCCCCUCGGGCAGCCGCUGCCAUGGGGACCGACAGCCGCGCAGCGGGGGCGCUCCUGGCGCGGGCCCGCACCCUGCACCUGCAGACCGGGAACCUGCUCAACUGGGGCCGCCUGCGGAAGAAGUGCCCUUCCACGCACAGCGAAGAGCUCCGAGAUUGUAUCCAGAAGACUUUGAAUGAAUGGAGUUCCCAAAUCAGCCCAGAAUUGAUCAGGGAGUUUCCAGAUGUCUUGGAAUGUACUGUAUCUCAUGCGCUAGAAAAGAUAAAUCCUGAUGAAAGAGAAGAAAUGAAAGUUUCUGCAAAACUGUUUAUUGUAGGAUCAAACUCUUCAUCAUCAACUAGAAAUGCAAUUGACAUGGCCUGUUCUGUCCUUGGAGUUGCACACCUGGAUUCUGUGAUCAUUGCUUCACCUCCUAUUGAAGAUGGAGUUAAUCUUUCCUUGGAGCAUUUACAGCCUUACUGGGAGGAAUUAGAAAAUUUAGUUCAAAGCAAAAAGAUUGUUGCUAUAGGUACCUCUGAUCUAGACAAAACACAAUUGGAGCAGCUGUACCAGUGGGCACAGGUAAAACCAAAUAGUAACCAAGUUAAUCUUGCCUCCUGCUGUGUGAUGCCACCUGAUUUGACUGCAUUUGCUAAGCAGUUUGAUAUACAGCUAUUGACUCAUAAUGAUCCAAAAGAACUGCUUUCGGAAGCAAGUUUCCAAGAAGCUCUUCAGGAAAGUAUCCCUGGCAUUCAAGCACAAGAGUGGGUACCACUCUGGCUGCUGAGAUACUCUGUCAUUGUUAAAAGCAGAGGCAUUAUUAAAUCAAAAGGCUACAUUUUACAAGCUAAAAGAAGGGGUUCUUAACUG